GCCGGAAGUAUUUACAUUCUAAUCUGUUAGCAUACAGCAACUAGCGUAAAGCACCUAAACUUCAUAGCUAUUUCUGGCUGUUUUUUGCUCCAUGUCUGUCAUAACCAAAAAGAAACUACAACGACGUUAGCUGGACAAGCACAUAACGUAAAACACACCAUCAGAUAUCUGCUUCAUGGACUUGUUAAACCUUUAUUUUGUCCGCUAAACUGAUAUGGCUGCUAACCCUCCAGGACCAGGCGGCUUUCAGAACAAGACCCGGGUGGCCAUCCUGGCGGAGCUGGACAAGGAGAAGAGGCGGCUGAUGCAGAGCCAGUCCAUGAACAGCCCCGGAGCGAACAUCCCUCUGUCGUCCAGACCCAGCCUGAAGGAGGUGAGGGACAGCGCGGAGCAGCAGCACAUCGCCGCCCAGCAGAAGGCCGCCCUGCAGCACGCUCACGUCCACUCGACCGGCUUCUUCAUCACUCAGGACUCCUCGUUUGGGAACCUCAUCCUCCCGGUGCUCCCCCGGCUGGAGCCCGACUUUUGACUGUGAACCUUCAUCCAAAUACUGACCAGUGCCCCGGCCCGGGGGAACAUUGACAACAACUUAAAGUUAAAUGAUACACGUUGUUCUAUGUCUCUUUUUUUGCGUUAUCUACGUGUAAUCAAUCUAACAGUGAUUUAGGCAUCCAAAAAACUCCACUGACAGAAUAAAAUACGAUAUUUAAACGCAAACAGUGCUUUUAUAUUAGCAGGGGUGUAGUUAGGGAAUCUGGGUCCCCAGAAAGAACAGUGCUGGCAGCCCUCCUGUAAUGAAUUAAUACAUUCUGCUGUAAUUAUACAAUCAUCAUUACCUUUCUCAUCACUAAUGAUGACUUUUACAUGUUGUCAGGCAAACAGGAUGCCCAGUCAUGAUACAUGUAGAGCUAUAUAAGAGUGUAAUAACACAUUAACUGCUUAUAGUCAAAGCUUUUCUAUGGAAGGGAGUGAUGGAGACAGAAAGGUGACAAAGGGGAGGGAAAGCAUUUGCUUUUUGAGAGUUGGAAAGGCAAAAGCAAGAGGACAGAAAGGGACUUUUUACACAAGACUAUGAAAAUAAAACUAAACAGAGAC